AUGGCCUCAGGUUCAAGUGCAGAUGCUGUUCUGAUGAGGCAGCCAUCAUACACCAGUAUCUCAUUAUUUAUGAUGGGAGGUGUAGGAGAGAGGUCGCGGCAUGAGACAGAUUUCGGAACCGACUAUGUGAACAAACUGACCUGUCCUCGGGCUCUCACCCUCGUGAUCGUCGCAGACGGCAUCAGGGGUACCGGGUCCAACUGCUUGGGCCUCAGCGACGAGUUCAUCCAAGAAACAUGUAAAUCCUUCUGCGCCGUGUCAUCGCUGGAACGCACCGAUCAGCACAGCCUGCCGACCCCGGAGACGCGAGUAUUUCGACUCAAAAUGGACCUGUCCGCUUUCGGAUCCGAGUUCCGGAUACCGGAUAUCAGUCGGGCCGUGUUCUUUUUGAAAAUCUUCGGUACCUUUAGAAACCGGUACAUGAUGCUGAUAUGCCAUAGGGGAGAUUCGAACCUUGUUCGGCAGCUAAGGCUCAAUGUUGACCCAAUGCUGAUGCGCAAUAUAUUCCAAGAGUCCUACAACACCUACAAGAGCAAGGGUGAACGGAAUAUGUCAGAUGUCGAGGCUCUCAACCUGAAGGCGAGUACCCGACUAACCGAGGUCAAGAUGUCGUACCGGAGAGAACCGCUUGUAUACAUCGAAGAGGAAAACAUGGUUGUGUCGGUAGAGGGCGAUGCCACUAGAAGUUUCAACUACAGUUUAGGUUUUGAGUUGAAUCUCGGUCUCAGGGGACUCGAAUGCCUCGACAAGUUCAUCGACCAGCUCGUCCUCGCAGACGGUCUCAAGGACAUCGUCCAGGCCCUCAACUUCAAAUCCAAAUGCACCAAGAAACUCAACGAAGAUGCAAUAAAAAACAGGCUCCAUGCAGAAAUGAGCAAACAUAAAAGCAAAAACGGUAGUCCAAAUAACAACAAUAACCACAAGGAUAACAACAAUUCAGAAAAUGGCAAUGGAUCAUAGCAAAAACACCACGCCGGGUUGUCCUAUCGGAAAAAAUCUGCCAUUCCAUUUUCGAUUUUUUGAAAGAUGUACGUAUAAAAUCUGCACCAAUUCGACUUUUAAGAUCAAUGCCAUGCAUUUUGUUUAUGACUGAUGUGUAUAUUAGUGGCUGCUGUGAUACUGGAAAUUUGGUUUAAUUUGGAAACUGUUAAAACAAUUUGCAGAACAAUGUCCACAUGUGUUGGUCUUUAUGUUUAUAACCAUUAACGGAGAUAAGAAACAAAAUGAAGAUAACACGAUGCACUCGGGAACAAAAAAAUGUAAAAUUGAUGUAUCAAUUCUAUAUUUGUUAAGCUUCGGAUGCGUUUAUGCGCCACUUUUUUCUACCCUAGAAUUAUGAUUUGAAACACGUUUUGAAAGACGUUAUUGCAAAUUUGAUUAGAAAUUUUGUUUUGUUCUGUUCACAAGCUCGUUCGAACAUCCUAUGGUUGGAUGCGAUGGGCAUUUUUUUUUAUAUUCGUAGUUAUUAUUUUAUUUGAUGUUGAUUGGGGGUGCUACAACUGAAUCUAGAAUGCAACAACAAGACGGGUUAUCACUGCAUUAGGACAACGAGUUUCAUGGUCCCACUGAUUAUACUUUAUUACUUAUAUUUCCAUUUUUGUCCUCAAAAUUCUAGGCUCAUAAGAAUUAUAGUAUUCUCCGUGUGUAAGCUGGUGUCUUGUGAUGGCAAAUGCGAGUGCAAUAGGAUGAAUUUUCUUGUAAAUCUCGGUACUUUAUUUUGGUAGAUGUCGUCGAGGUGUCUAAUAAAUCGUUUUAUACUUAUUUCCUGUAACAUCACAUCCCUGGUGGAUGGUGAUUCUAUUUUAUACCUAAAAUGCAAGAAAACACACGUUUUUCGUUUCAAUGCAAUUCGAGGUGUUCAUGAAUGAUGGUUUUGCGUGUACAUGCAUGUGUGUGGUAUAAAGUUGAACCGUAACAAUAUAGCUUUAGUAUAAACUGGUAUUUGUUGAUAUUGUGCCUAGAUGUGUGUGCUUGUAAUUUUAAUAAUAGGGGUUUUUCGCUCCGGGGCGUACGAAGGGGGGGGGGGGGUUCAAGAACAUAGAAAAUGUGUAGUCAAAUGUCAAAGGGUGAAAAUGAUAUGCUUGGGAAUUGCUGGCAAAGCGUGAUUGUGAAAAGGGUGCAUCGAGGGAAGCAUACUGCCAUUUUACGUGAGUAUUCGGCUGGUUUUGAACAUUUCAGAACGAGCCGAGUCACUCCACAAAUGUUUCCUAAUCCCUCCCGAAUGUUCUUGCAUUAGGGGCCGGGGAGGGAAAACAGAACCCCCCCCCCCCGAAUCCGUCCGAAUACGUGCAUGUAUUUGGAUGGAUUCGCAGCUUAUUCGGUUCCUGUGUAACCGAUGAUUAAAAGAAGGAAUUCUUCGCAUUCUAGCGUUACUUAGAAAAGUACUCAUGCUCGAAAUUCUUAUAGUAUUUUUUUCUCAAGUACGAUUAUAGGAGUAUGAAAUAUCUUUGAAAAGAAAAUAACAUUAAUUUGGUUGUUUCUCGUAAUCAUGAUAGCCUAAGUUAAGGCUUUUACAAAUCAUAAAUCGUUUUACAAAACUUUUUAUUUUAAAAACUUUAUGAUUGCCUUGUGUGGAGACAUUUUUGGUCCCGCAGAUGGAAGAUGGUAGUCUAGAUCUGGACGUUAGUAGUUAUUUGUUCGGAAAACCCUACACUCACUCAUGAGUGUAUAGGGUUUACCAAACAAAUAACGUCUAAGGUCCAUGCAGGGCCCCGUCUUACAAAGAGUUAUGAUUGAUCCGAUCAACCUAGAGUAAAAGGAAAUCCAUCAAUGUUAUAUUUUGUUUCUAUAUGAAAUUUGCUCGUUGUCCUUUGAAGACAAAGAGAAGCAUACUAAAUUGUCAAGAAAGCAGUAAAUGUAUGAAUAGACAUUAUCUAGAAAAUAUUUUGAAUAAACAUUUUAUUUUAGAUGUUGACGUUGCUCGGUCGCUGGCUUUCCAAAGUUGCAUGUGGUUAAUUGAAUCUGUCGUAAGACGGGACCCAGACUAGGAAGAUGGAGAAGCGGGAGGGGGGCAGAACUAACCAUGUCCCAUAGCUUGUUUUCCAAAACUAAGAAACAAAUACCAGGCAUUGGGGAGGUGGUACUCCUCCCGCCAUCAAUAAAAUUACCUUAAGGCUGUUUUCAUGAUUUUGAAUCAGGUGUGCUUACCAAAAAUAAGUUUUCGUUACUUGAGAAUCGAUUUGUAUGUUUGAUCGUUGUAUUAAUCAGGUGUAAGUUAUGAAUAUUUAUUUGUUAAUUUAUGUAAUAAACAAUUUCUUAGAUAACAUUUUCCAGUAA